AGAGACACGCAUAUGGCAAGCAGCGGCCGUGGCGCUCGAAAGAACAAUUUCAAACCCCCAACUCGCGAGAGACCCGUGCGAGAGAGCAAACCGUGAAUUCGUGAAGCAGCAGUAGCAGCAGCAGUAGCAAGCAGCAAAAGCCGGCUGAGGUCGGGAAAGUGCGUGCGUUCCAUUGCGGGAUUUGCAGUGGAAAAUCGGUCUUCGGUCUUCUUACGGACGCGCGCGCGGCCCUCGACUGCUGACGACACUUGUGGGUUUGAAAACCUAUUUUUCCUACGGCCCACAGUAGGCUGAUAGGCGUUCCUGCUUUUCAGAAGCAAAAGUGUGCGCGUGUGUGUUAAGGUUUUUCACGGAAAACUCGAAACCAGCCCGUGGGAGGUGCCUAUCGAGCACGGGCGGUUAGGUGUGGACAAAAAGUGGCUCACAAUAUCGCAUUACAGUUGAAAAAGGGGUUGUACGGGAAAAUCGCUUUUCCCUGGCGCGCCCUACACAAAACCAUUCGUGUGAAAACGUGUUUCGGCAGGGGUUGCUUUGCUCGCUGGACUCGUAGAGAGGUAGCACAGAAGGAAAAAAGCGGUAUGCAAAACGUACCAACAAAGCAGCACACAGCAGUGUCGCCAUUUGACGAAGGAGGGCGUUAAUAGGAUUGUGUGUGUCACGGUUAGCUGCCCCUCUGCGGGCACCACAAACGCGCCACAGCGAAGGAUAAUCGUAAGACGACGUAAAGCAGCUGGCCAGGAAAGGAUCACUUUGGUGCAUUUCCGUCGAUAAAGUUCGCGGUAUUCUUCUUCCCAUCCGUGCGGCGCCCGUGUGUGUCAAACCGCGCUGCUGCUGAAGCGAAAGAGCGAACAUUUGGGUGUGUGUGUGUGUGUGCUUGUGUGUAUGUGAGUGCGGCUUGCGGUGGCUGACGGCGUGCGGACGUACCUACUACGUACACAAGCAAACGGGCAGCGCAGCGCCGCAGUGGUGGUGUAGUGUUUUGCCAGCCAACAUCCGAAACGACCACGACGACCACGACAACGACGAAGACAACGGCACACCACACAUCAAGGCGCAUCUCAACCGUUCAAAACAUCAACAAUGACAACGGCAAGUGAUGGGCAGCAGCAACAGCAGCAGCAGCAGCAGCAGCAGUCAGAUCCAAAGAUGUCACGGUUGCUGAAGCUUGCCCACAAGUUCAACUGCUUCUAUCUGAACGGUUUCAUGAAAGGCGACUGCCGCCCGUUCGUCGUCGACGGCCAUCAGGUUGGACUGGUCAGCCAGAAUGUGAUCGAGCAGCUGCUCAAGUAUCCCGAAGUAUUUCACGUCCGUGCACCGGAGCAUGGCAAGCAGAACAUUGUCGAAUUGAAUCCAGCGUUUCGGGAUUACAACACGCGCUCGGAGCAGGUGGAAAGGAUACUGCGCGAGUUCCGGGAGCAGGGCAUGUUUGUUGCGCUGAAGGGAUGGCGCGAUGAGUGCUACGACGUCAAGUCGUCCACCGGCUCGCUGCUGAAGAUGGACCGGUCGGCCACGUGCCUGUUCGGGGUGCGCAACUACGGCGUGGAGAUUAACGGGUACGUGCGCCACCCGACCAAGGGCCUCUGCAUCUGGCUGCAGCAGCGCUCCGACACCAAGCAGACGUGGCCCGGCAAGUGGGACAACAUGGUGAGCGGCGGGCUGGCGGUCGGGUUCGGUGUGCUCGAGACGGCGAUCAAGGAGGCGGCCGAGGAGGCCUCCAUACCGGGGCAUUUGAUAAAAAAUCUCGUAUCCGCCGGGUGCGUAUCGUUCUUCUUCGAAAGCGAACGGGGCCUGUUCCCCAACACCGAGUUCGUGUACGAUCUCGAGCUGCCCGAAGACUUUGUGCCUGACAAUUCGGACGGCGAGGUGCAGAACUUUCAGCUGCUGCCGGCCCACGAAUGUCUCGAGCGUGUGUUUAUGCCCGACUUCAAAACCACCAGCUGCCCGGUGGUGAUCGAUUUUCUCAUCCGCCAUGGUAUUAUUACGCCGGAAAAUGAAUCAAACUUCACACAAGUGAUCGAGUUGCUGCACGUUCCGCUGCAAAGCUUGUACACCUAUCGUACAACGACAACCACGCCAAAUGAUGGAGAGGCCAACGCCACUGCGGCAACAACGAAUCAGCGAGAUCUCAGCAGCAGCAGCAUCAACAAUGUUAAAAACAGUAUCGAAAACGGUAAGCUCUAAUCACUCUAGCCAACAAAACCUGCAGCAAGCAAAACCCACUAAAAGUUGAGCCAUGUUGAAGGGGGGGAAAGGAACGCUAGGAAGUUCUUAAUGUACGUAAUGCAUGCAACGAUCAUGAGAAGCCACGCGCUACAAGCGCUCACGUGUUUAUAACACCAGCAGUAGGAAGGCAGACAAGACUCGAUGGGGGAAUGGUAAACGAUUAAGAAUGGGCGUUCACAGUUGCGUUUUAUUUUACGACCGCAAAGUAAGAUGCAAAACGAUUCAACAGGAAAGCUCUAGCUUGCGUGCGUGCGUGCGUGCGCGCGUUAUAGCGUUGUUCCUAAAACAACUUUCUUAAGCAAAAAGGCUGAUAAAGCAAAACACCUGGACGGGAGUUUUAAUAACAGUUAAUACAUUAUUCUAGGAGCCGCGCGGAUGCGACGCAGCUGUGCUUUACAGAAGAGAUUCGCGUUUGUCUGGUGUUUUGUUUUUAAUUUGUCUGUUUUUUGUUUUAAUCAUUAAGCCCAAAGUAAUUUUUUGUUUCGUUCUAUCGCAGCAUACAAUGCUUAUCAAUGAAUAAUUGAAUUUAAAAAAUAUAUAUAUGAAGAUAAGCCACAUUUAUAGGUUAACAGACACACACACUCGAACAGCUGCAGUGGCUGCAGUGAACAGGAAAAGAUAUACCAAAAUUCAACAUGUUAUCCAAGAUAAUUCAGAGCAGCGUACACUAAAGCGAAGGUUUAAUUGCAACAACAAAAAAACGCUUACAUGCGUCCCUUAACUCACACACAAACAGAUGUAUUAAGCCAGCAAGAGGGAGGAUGUUUUAGUGCCCUUUCAUCACAUGAAAACGUAAUGACAAUGUGUGUUUUAUUACUAAUUAAGUUAAAACCCCUUUCACCCAAUCGGACGGGGGCUCUUCACGAAUCGCUAAUCAGAAUCAGAAGAUACACUGAAUAAUCACGUCUGGCCAAAACACCCCCAAGCAACAACAACAACAACAACAGCAAGCAAUCAAUUAGUCGUGUUAAAUAAGCAAGAAAACAAUCGUGCAUAAUCACGCGUGCCACGUUCUUCUUCGGUAUUAUUAUGUCCAAUCAGAACACAUCCGACGUAAAACUAGGUCUUUUUACACACUGUUGGUUUGUCAUUGUAUUACCGUUUAACAAUCGUUUCUGAUUAUUUAGAAUCACGUGUUGCGGCGCGCGCUCGCGCUCAUCUGUAACGUUGAUUGGUUUAGCGUUAGCUUUUAAGCAUGUGUGUAGCGUUUAAAAAACAAAAGAAAAAAGAACGGUGAAUUAAAAGUAGGACCAUGGAGUAGGGUAAUUUGAUGGAAACGGAUAGAGAGCGGAGCGAUAGAGAAGACAACAUUCGAAUGAACAAGUUGAAUAGAUAGGUAAAAUGGAACUUUUUGCAUUCACACUUUUGGUUAUAGUUUUUUGUUUGUUUGUGCAAAACACGACGACCGCAGGCGGAAGCGUAUCUGUGUUCGGUCAAACUGUGUUCGACUUACUAACUUCACUGUGCCAUCAUCAGCCCUCUCAGAGCUUAGACACGACCUGACCAAGACUUUUACUAACCCUCUUCAAUCCGCAACACACAUGACGACGAACUUUAACAUGAUCGCAUCACAUUCACUGCUCGCUCCGUUGCUGUGAAAAGACACAGCUUGAUUUGUAAGCGCUGACAAUGUCUUAUAAUUGUAUUAUUUAUAGUUACGCACAGAUAUAUACGUAUGUGUACCGUGUACCGUUUACAACUUGUUCCAUUCGCAACCUACGAAAAAACUGUGGAACAUUCGCGUCCCACGCCCAAGAAGGACUGAGGAAGGCUAGGAUAGUAUCCCCCCUUUUUUGCGUUGUAGUUUCAUUGCCUAUUACUCUAUGCCUUUCGAUAUAAACACAAAAAAACACACAAAAACUAUUAAGGAGAAAAAGCAAAACAUCGAAACGUAACUUCACUCUGCGGGAAUUGGGAACGUAGGGAAGAGGGAUUGACGCGUGAUUGGGAACGAGCGGAGGAAAUAUUUAUUGUAUUGAACCUAGAAUCUGUUCUUUCUUGUAUACCCAUUAAAAACGAUAUUGAAAACAGGAAA